AUGGAGUUCAUGCGAGAGAUUGUAGAAAAUUGCGGCGAAUUGCCGUCGUUUGCGCACGGCGAGGCUACGGCGUUGUUUUUGGAGUUCUUUGAAACGUGCGAGAGCGCGUUGCGGUUAUUAGCGGCGGCGACGAGGCGAUCCGUGGUUGGGCGAACGCCGCGUAACGCGUACUUUUCGUCGGACGUGUUUCAGCGGAGAGUGCGAUUCAUGCUUUCGAAGAUUCACGCGCACAUGCCGUUGAGCGCGGCGCACUUGAACGACGCCGACGAGAACGAGUCGAAAGCCUGUGAAGUCGUUGCGCACGAGUUAUUCGUUGCCGAAGACCGCGAAGAGGGAAGUGGUCCGUUAGAUUGCACGCGAUACGAGUUUACAGUCGACACGACGUCGAGUGGUAGCGAUGAAAUAGUCUUCAAGGCGUCUGGCCGACGGGGGCUCGACCCGUCCGAGAUGCACCGGCCGUAUAAUCGCGCCUCGAGCCUUGAGUGCUUAAUCGAUGACUUUUCACGACCUCAAAUGUUCGAUCCGGGCAAAGAAAUGGACUCUCUCAAAGACAUCUCCGCGGCGUAUUUUGGUGUGUUGGCACAGUUGUGGAGCAAAUCGCUGCAAAGGACGCGGGCGGGUCGCGAGAAGGCGGCGCGUCUUUCGAUCCUCGCGCAGCAAAUCAACGUCCAUCUAGGGAAAGGGGCGGAACCGAGCGAUUUCGAGCUUUACGUUGAAGACGCGCAGACGACCGCAAUCAAGCUGUUGGACUUGAUGCAGGUAGAUUUAGGAGUCACGCCGUCGUUGCUCCUACGACGAGACGCGACAACUUUGCUGAGCGCGUACACAAACGAACGCGCGAGCGGCUUUCAAGUUUGUCAAAUCAUGAGACGGCCAGCCGGUCGAGGAGCGCUUAGUCAAUGCGUAUCAACGAUGACGGCGGCGUUGCUUGCGCCGCUGUCAUCAAGUGAUGCGGAAAUCGAUUUCGACGUCGUUCGCGACGCGAGGUGUUUGAUGCAUCUUGUCGGGAUUUUGAGCACAACAACGCCUGGGUGCACGGCGAUAAGAGAGGCUGAGCUCCUUCCGCUUUUGAUGUCAAUUUUCAAGCUGGAGCGCCUCGAAGCGAUCCCGGUGGUCGUGGACGUGGUGCAUAUCGUGGAAUCGUAUCUGGAGUUUCAACCCAACGCGGUCGUAGCGUUUAGAGAGUUGAACGGAACGGAUUUGCUUUUGAAGCGCAUGCGAUACGAGUCCGUUACGGCGAUCGAGGAGCUGCGGGCGUCGGGACAUCUCGAUGACGUGGCGGAUAGAAAACGAAAAAUAGAUAGUCUUUCUAGUUUAGAGGACGCCGAAACAUCGCUCGCAGCGAUGAAAAAGGCACCAAAGUACGUGAACUUUUAUCGAAGAGUUUUGAUCAAGGUUCUGAUGCGAACAUUGGCGUACACGAGUUUUGCGUACGGAGGAGCACGCAUGCGAGUUCCCGGACUUUCGGAUGGGACGUUGACUGAUAUCUUGGGAAGUGUAUUGAAAUACCCUCUCAAGUUUGGUCCUGGGGUGUCGUCGCUCACCGCGAAUUUAGUGUGCGACGUCAUUCAUAACGAGCCGACGUGUUACGCCACGCUAGACGAAGCCGGUAUUGUGGACGCAUUCCUGAAGUUUAUCACUGAAACCAUGUGGCCACUCGGCCGUAGUAAGGGUAUGGCUAAAGUACUUUGCGCGAUACCGACGACACUUAACGCGAUAUGUUUGAACGAGAAAGGGCAGGAAAAAGUGUUGAAGUCUUCGGCGUUGGUCUGCUUUCGAAAAAUGUUUCAAGAUAGUUCUUUCCCGUUGAACGCCGAUACGUCGAGAAUCGUCGGAACUGGGAUCAACGAGACGCUGCGCCACAUUCCAGCACUAAAAGACGUCAGUGUCGAAGUCUUGAACGACAUAUUGUCCGAUCUCACGAUACAACUUCGAAAGAUAUCAGAUUCGGAGACGAAUCUUGAGCACGCGUUCGUCAACAAGGCAGUCGUCGAGCAAAUGCCAAUAUCGAAAACGCUUCAAAAUGUGGCGAGGUUCAUGGAUGGUAUUUUGCAGACUUCGCAUAUGUGCGCGCCGCUGGUUCAAGCUGGGGCUCUGGAUUCCAUGCUCAAUAUGUUGACAUGCCCUCUUCCGGUUGAAUUUUCGACAUGUGCAAGCUACAACUCCAUCAGUGUCGCGUGCAAAUCGCUCAUUAACCCGCCGGAUCCCAGCAACUCGUAUGCCGGCGCGAACACGCCGAAUCUGUCAGACGACGUGAUUCUCGCGUGCACUACCGUCGUUGAAAAGUAUAUGGCCUCUGCUGUUGAUAUCGGUGUGCAGAUUGAAGAGUUUUACGUCCACGAGCUCGACAAGACAGGUGAUGACAUCGAUAAAUUAGCGACGUACGAUAUUUACAGCAAGACAUUGAGCGAAAAGCACAAAGGUGACAAAGCAGCGUUGGACCGCGAAGUUCGGUUCUGUCGACAGACAAAAUCACUGUGCCAGCGCAUGGCUGCGCACGAAAGGUUGUGUGAACUUCUCGCGACUCUCGUGCAGCAAGUUCCGGUGAUGUCUGCUGCUAUCAUGAAUAAGCGACGUGACGAUCCUCACGGCCCGAUGAUGGCCGAAAGCUUGUUCAACGCAGCGUUGGCGGCGUUCAAUGAAGCGGUAAAGAUUGAAGCGAAGCUUCGUUCACUCGCAGUGGAAAUUCAAGCGGAUGAAAUGCCGUAUUCACCGGUUUGGUGGCUGUACACUCGAGCGGAUCUUUUUGUACGAGUUACAAGUGGUUUGUUUGCCGCGGUGGCAAAACUUUCGACAACGAUGCGGCGACGUAAAGACUUGGGUCCAGAAGCUCAAAAUUUCAUCAAGCUUAGCGGAGAAGCAAUAAUUGCAGUUGCGCGCGAGAUGACCAAAGCGUUUACGUCUCGUGUCACCGCACAGGCUGAGCUACUUCCGCCGAGUCACGCAUCGAAUGCUAAGAUGGAUUUUGAACAGCGCUGCUCGCACAAUUUCCUUGCGUUGAUUUACGAAUCAUUCUUCGAUGACAAGAGAAAUUCACCGAACGGGGUCAUGAUCAACUACGCCGCUCGAUGUGGGUUAUUCGAGCAACUUUACACCCAUUUUCAAGGCACGGUGGCUCUGACACAGAGUAUAUUAGAAACGUGCACCGGGGAAAAGGCUGAGCAAGGACAUGUCGCAGCGGAAUGUUACAGGACGUUGAGCUGCUUUGUGCGCAUUUUCGUCUCUAUAUCCGACGUCAAAUUGAUGGCAUCGAACAACUCGAAUAAGCUCGCGCUUGGUACACGUCUUCCCGAACGCGUAGAAGAUGAUCCUAUCUACGACAAGAUGACAAAGUACACACAUAUUUCUGACGCGUUCACUAACUCAAGAUCUGCCAUGGACUGGAUUCAUUGCUCUCUAAAUGAAGCGUUGAAGUGUAUUUGGCGGCCAGAAACGGACAUUUUUGCGUCCGUAGCGGCAGGUCAUGUGGAUUCCGACGCACUAGUGCAGUGUCUACUCAACAUCAUUAGUGGAACCGAACAAGCCGUCAUGUCCGAGCAACGUCGUGCCGCGUCGGUACCGCGUGCUCCACCGCGCCCGCCGCCACGGCAGUUUGUUCCAUCAGAGACGAUGAUAGAUUCCAUCGUUGAGAUGGGAUUCAGCAGAGGUCACGCGCAUCACGCACUCGCAGCUGUGAAUGGACAGAGUGUGGAGAGAGCGCUCGAGUACAUGCUAACUCGACCAAUGGAAGAUGUGCCCGACGAAGCACCGACGGCGCCUUCAGAACCUGCACCGUCAGAGUCUACUGCGCUAGAGGAGACGGCGGACGCUAUGGAAACAGCUCCUGUUGCUUUCAAUCACACGCACGCAGUCCAAGGUCGACUGCCUGCCAUAAACGAGCUAGUUGCCGCGCUGUACGCCAAUUUCCACAUCAGUGCAGAGAAAGGUGCGACGCUUUUGCUCAAGGUUAUUGAGAAACAUGAGCUCAUGAGCGGCCUCAGUCGUGAUGAGUGCAUAUACGCUCUCACGGACGAAGUCGUGCGCACGCGUACGCCGAAGAUCGGUAGAGAUGAGGUGUAUGCGAUCAAGCACUAUGCGUUCGUUGAGGCGCUCGCUAGGCAAGGUGAUGAAGUGUUAAGAAGAGCGCUAUGGAUAAAGGGUUCGGUAAUUGAUUCACAAGUCGAAACAUUUAUCGCCGAGGUCGACAAAAUCUGCGCUGCACAAAAGACGGCCUCAUUGGAGACGUUUUUAAAAGAUGUGCCGUUGUCGUUUGUGCCUUUGGCAAACUGCAUCAAUGCUGCGGCAUGCCUGCAAAAGCAUCGUGACUCCGACGCCAGUGCCAGAAAUUACUCCAAGUUCGGUUUUCUGAACGACGGUCAUAAGAUUGCGUUGGCCGAUGCGUGCGUCGAGUGCUUGAUAGCAAUCGUUAAAAAUUCAGGCGAACUCGCGAGUGAUUAUGAAUCGCACUCCGUCCAAGCCGUGAUUCUUGAUCUGCUAGCAAAUCUAUCACGUGACAACGUGAUUGCGGAUCGCAUCGCUUCGAAUUCAUUCGCCGACAGCAAGGAUGGAGCCGCAAUAUCUAAGAGAAGUUUUGCACACACGCUCUUUACAUGCUUUUGGAACAACACCAACGACAGUGUUUCGGUCAUUUUGAGGCACAUGGUGAACGAUCCCCGGACAUUACAAUUCGCCAUGGAGCUUGAAAUUGUCAAGAGCAUCACCAAGCCUCCGAUGGGUAGAGACUCCAAGGUUGCACUCAAGACAUUCUGCGUCGCCAUGAAAAAUAUAAUUGAGCGAGAUUUUGAUUGCUUUGAAGCGGCAUUCGCAAACGUCGCCGAAAUCAGAACUAUGGCGGAUACACCGCUGAGUACACCUCGGGAGUACGUCAUCCCGACGGCUGAAGUGAAAGCAAUGCAGUCGCUUCCAACCGUUCGAUUGACAAAGAACUUAAGAAUGGUCGUGGAAGUACUUGUUGCAGUAGCGACAGAGCCGAUUCAUCAAGCCCCAUUGACGAAGCUCGAGCGACAAGCCGCAGCUUUCCGUCUGCUCACCGAAUUGGUUGAGGUAUAUCCAUCAAGUGUGAAGGCUUUGAUGGAUAUGGACGACCAGACUGACAUUUUCCGCAACAUUCUUCGUUAUCAACUGCCGUCGAGCAGAAGAAGUUCCUCAAGUGAACAGACGGGAGUUUGGUGCGGGUGCGAAAACGCGGCGUUCUUCCUCGCAACUUUAUGCGUCAACAGCCAAAAAGCGCGAACGAAAAUAAUUGAGAAAAUGCUUGUGCUUCUGAAGGAGCCGGACUUAACGCAAGAAACAGCUUCAACUUGCGCCGAUAAAGGUGAUUCUCUAGUUCCAAAGCACGCAUUUGUGGAUUUAUUGCACUCUCUUAUGGAUUACGGUUUGGCGCGUGGCUAUCAGAGCGGUGAACGCAUUCGCAAUCGGGUAGUCUUUAAUCUCCAACAAGGAGUUCUUAAGACGAUGUACAGUCUAAAAGUCCCAGAGCGGAUCAUUGAACUCAUUGAAGAGACAAACGUCGUUGGCGCUGCGCGCGAAAAACGUGGCAAUCCAGGAUUUCUUCGAGUAACGCUCGCAGUACUCGAAGCUCUAGUUGUUCGAUCUACUAAGAGCAAACGCGAAAGCAGGCUUACUCGCAUCGGUAACAUGGUUCGUGCGGUAAACGCUGCACGGGUACCCAGCGGUGAGGAAGUUGAAGAGAGACGCGCACUAACCGAGCAGAUGCUCCAGAAUUUGCUUGAACACGCUGCAGGAGGAAACAUUCAAGUCGCUCGACUCGAAGAUGACCUCGACGGAAUGCCAGAAAUCGAAGGUGUUCAUCCUGUAUUCGGAGGAGACGAUGGCGAUGCCGACGGCAUCGAUGCAAAUGAUGGUCACGAGAACUCGGACGAUGAUUCUGAGAUGGAGGUUGACGACGACCACGACCACGAUUCCGAUGAAGCCAACGAAGAAGGAAUGCACGAAUCCUCAGACGAAGAACAAUUGAGCGAAUCGGGCGAAUCAGGUGAAUCAAGUGGAACGAGCGACUCAAGCGAAGAGGACUCUGAAGAGGAAGAAGAAGAAGAUGAUGAAGAAGGCGAAGAAGCCAUGGCAGAUGACUUUUACGGAAGCGACAUGGAUCACAUCGAUCCUGAUCCUGGAAACGAUGUCUUGGAAAUGUCUGACGAUGCUUUGUAUGACGAAGAUGGUGAGGAGUUCGAUUAUGAUGAUGGCGGUGGUUCCGAUGAUGACGAUGACGACGAUGAAGAGGAAGGCGAUUUUGAAGAACCUAGCUCGCCACAGUCAUCAUAUACGUCGCCGUCUGGGGUACGCGUGCUGCCUCGCGCUACACAUUCAGGCAGUCAUGUUGAACGCACAUCCAAUCUUGGUUCGAGGGAUCACAUUUCUGUCUCGAGAGCCCAGGUUGAAGCAUGGUUCGCCACAGAUUACUCUAGCGUCAUGUCAGGUGCCGAUCCGAGAGUCGAGGCACAGACAGUUGGCGAACUGCAGAUUGCAGGAGGGCAACGAGCACAAGUUUCCACAGAGGACGAAAGACAGCAGACACUCAGCGAAUCUCGUUCUGAGGGACAACUACGGGGACAUAAUCGCGAGCACUCUCCUCGUUCUUCUUCUGUGAAUGCUUCCGAACUCUUCAAUCGUAGAGAUGUGCCUUUUACUUCGUCUCUUCGUGAACAAACACAAAGAAUUGCACGCGCGACCCUGGGUGACCCUUCACUUCUUGCGAGAGGAAAUCCUCCGGUGCAUGGCAGUCCCUGGCACACGUGGUCGCAAUCCGAAACGGGCGUUCCGCCUGCGUUGAACCACGAAGGCAUUAACGUGCAAAGAGUCGGCACGAGUUUAAAUAUCACUCUCUCGACACCCAUGGAUUUUAGUUCGAGAUCUCGCUCGUUGCACGACGUGCUCAAUUCUAUCAGCGGGGAAAUGGCUCGCUUGGCCGUUCGUCCAUCGCAUUUAGAAAUUUUGGAUCCUUUAUCGUCGGCAAAAGCAAUCCUGUGGCUCGGGGAUGGAUCCUUUCAGGCAACAGCACCGGCUGAAUUCAGCGUUCGGAAUCAAACAAUUUGGAGCCUUGAUGGAAGGAAUGCCCGAGCAAGUUUCUGGUCAAACGCAGUGUGCAUGAGUAUCGGCGAGUCUUUGGCGACUUCUGGUACUUUUUUGUCCCAUUUGGACACCGCGGAACUCGCGACAUCGUCAUUGGUUUCCAGUGAGCGAGACAAGGAAAACGUCAACGGAAAUCUGGCAGAAAUCGUGGACGAAUCGCCCGAAGAGCGGACAGCGCGACAACGCCGAGAAGCGGCGGCACUGGACAUAAGCGCAAAUGAGCUCUCCAUGGUUACAGAAGAUUUACGAGAUGGAUUUUUGAAUGCGAAUAGACUAGUUGCCCGUGCGCGCGAGCAAGCACCGGAAGCUGCUAGCGACCUCAACUUGAUCGGCGCUGAGUUUCUUAGCGCCAUGCCAGCCGAUAUUCAGCGCGAGUUGAUACAACGCACUACCUCCGGAGCAAACAGAUUGUUGACGAGGAUUCAGCAUACCGAAGCCAGUCCUUCGGUAUCCGCGCCUCGGCCUCGUGCAAAUAGCCCAACAACUACAGUGAUAGACACUGCGCCGUUGGAGAUUGGAAAUAUGAUGUUUGGUGAAGGCUGGGAUGGCCGUCUAGACCGUCACGAGCAAAUGUCAUGGAAUGACAUCGAGCGAAUCCGUCAGUCGUCAACGCGCGACGCAGUCGCUCCAGAAGAUUUCAAGCCGUUAAAAGUGAACGUCGAAUUGCGCCAUCAGCAUAUUCGAACGUUGUUGCUUUUGUUCUUUGUUCAGACUAUCGACUUAAAGGAUACUGUGAACAAAAUAUGUGUAAACUUGUGCGUGGUGGACCAAAACCGCGAGUCAAUUUUGCGCCAGAUUAUCGAAACUGUGAUCAUGAACACGAUGGAUCGUGCUGAUCCUCGUUUCAUCGAGUCCACUUUGAGUUCUCCUAACGCCAAGGGUCUUGAGCCAAGCGCGGCGAUGGAAGUAGCCAUGGCGCGCUCGCUGUGCGCGAAUCUGAGCGAGCGUAACGGAGCACGCAAGGAGAUGGUGACGAGACGACUUUUGACGCUUCUGUCGCAACUCAUUAGUCGAAACAGGCACGUACAUGGGACAUAUCGCGUUCGUGGCGUUAAUUUGACGUGCGUGAAACUUUUCUUUGCGAAGGAUGAGGACGCAAGUAUGGUAAACUUUCUCACAAAUCAGAAGGAGAAUGGCGAAGCUGUGUUGCGAUCUGACGCUGGCGUGAGCACCGUGGAUAUACCACUCCUUUCUUUCCUGGUCGGACUUCUCGCACACGCAUCGCAAUUUCAUGACCAAAAGAAUAUUGAGCUGUGCGCGACGUGCACUGACGCUUACCUCACAAAGUUUCUUGCGGCUACGCCCAAACCCAACAUCGGGCCCAAAGGCUUGUCAACCGCCGCCACCCCUGAACUUUUGGCGAGUAUAGCAAGCUUUCUCAAGGUUCCAUAUCUCGCCCCGAGUGCGUACGAGAAAAUCAACACUAUACUACAAAAAGUUUUAGGCGACUUCUUUGAAGAGGGAUGCGACGCAGUCAUACUGAAUCGAUUCCAUGCCGAUGCCCUGCAGUGCUCGGUUGAAGCCAUCGCGUGCUUGUCGAAGGCGUCGUCGAUCAAGUACAGACCAAAUGUCGAUGAACCAUCCGCACGACACGUUGAGUACGCCGACUCGCGUCAAUCCCUGAAAACGCAUAUUCCUUAUUUGCGUCGCCUGACGGAUUGUUUUCUUCAGGUUCUGACGUACUUGGAUGGAAAAGACAGCCGUUUCCAAAAAGCUUUCAAGGAUAAAGCGAAGGAAGAGUUGAUACGAUAUCAUGAUGCGCUCCGUCCGUUUUGGCAGAUGAUGAACGUCUAUGCAAGUCUCAUGCAAGACAUUACUAGCGAUGAAAGCGGUGAUGCAUCGAUCCUGUGCGAACGCUCGCACGCUAGCGCCGCGCUGACUGAGGGUAUAACGACGUACUUGAUGAUUGGAACGAGCCUCUAUCCAUACGUCGAAGGUGAAGUUUCGAAGAGCAGACGAGAAUCCG